GUCUUUCCCCCCCCCCUCCCCUCCCAACAGUCUCAGUCGGGAACUGAUGCCCAGGCUGGGUCUUUGAGGUGAAACUCUGUCGAAUCUGACUUUUUUUUUUCUAGCCAAACUGGGGGAGAAAACUGGGGACUCAAAAAUCAAUGCCUUAUUGCAAAAAAGUAAGACUUGAACUGAUUACUUUUGAACUGAAUUGAUUACUUGUUGAAAGAGUAUUAGUGUUGUAAGAACUGCUCCUACUUAGUAACUGUUGCGGCUGUGAACUUCUUUAGGUUGUAACAAGCCAGCUUCCUUUCUUAAGUCUGUUUUUGGGCUGUAGGUGAACAAACUUGUGGACUGUAUUCUAUGACUGCAAAGAUGGAACCUACAUUCUACGAUGAUGCCAUCAAUGCUACCUUUGUGCAGCCAGAAAGUGGUGCUUAUGGAUAUAAUAAUCCCAAAGUUCUGAAGCAGAACAUGACGCUCAAUCUGGCUGACCCUUCCAGUAACCUCAAGCCCCACUUGAGGAACAAGAAUGCUGAUAUCCUGACCUCUCCAGAUGUGGGCCUUCUCAAGCUGGCUUCUCCUGAACUGGAAAGGCUGAUUAUUCAGUCAGGCAAUGGACUGAUCACCACUACUCCAACCCCAACCCAGUUUCUCUGUCCCAAAAAUGUUACCGACGAGCAAGAAGGCUUUGCUGAAGGCUUUGUCAGGGCACUCGCAGAGCUACACAAUCAAAACACCAUGCCAAGUGUUACCUCCGCUGCUCCGCCUACGAACUCCGGCAUGGCCCCUGUCUCUUCCAUGGCUGGAAACAGUGGCUUCAGUGCUAACAUGCACAGCGAGCCGCCCGUCUAUGCUAAUCUCAGUAACUUCAAUCCUAGUGCACUUAAUACAGUGCCUUCCUACAAUGCAAACAACCUGGGCUUUCCUCCACAGCAUCAUAUGAACCCCCAGAUGCCGGUGCAGCAUCCGCGCCUCCAAGCUCUGAAAGAAGAGCCUCAGACUGUCCCAGAAAUGCCCGGGGAGACUCCUCCCCUGUCCCCUAUUGACAUGGAAUCCCAAGAAAGGAUCAAGGCAGAGAGGAAGCGCAUGAGAAAUCGAAUUGCGGCCUCCAAGUGCCGGAAAAGGAAGUUGGAGCGGAUUGCCAGGUUGGAAGAAAAAGUAAAAACUUUGAAAGCCCAGAACUCAGAACUAGCGUCUACUGCCAACAUGCUGCGAGAGCAGGUUGCACAGCUGAAGCAGAAGGUCAUGAAUCACGUCAAUAGUGGAUGCCAGCUAAUGCUCACACAGCAGUUGCAAACUUUUUGAAAAGACUGAAAAGUAACUUUAGGAUGAUGGGGAGAAAUUAAGGAGAGGAAAGAGUUUGGGAGGCAGAACCCCCCUCCCACACACACACACACACACACUUGUGAUGGGUGGAGAGAAAAGGCUGAAAGGCAUUGAUUCCGAAGACUGCCACCCCCGAGUCAAAUGCAUGUGUGGAGAGACUGGUGUGCCUUCUGGGUGAGGUGGCGGCAUAUCAGUUGACAGAACAACUCAGCAAAACAGCUGAGCUGUUCCAGCUCAGAUAAGGCAUGGAUGCCUUGUGUUCGUCUUUCUUUUUCUCUCUCUUUUUUUUAACAUUGACCAAGACUUGCAUGGACCUAACAUUAAAUGAUCAUUCAGUAUUAAAAGUUAAACUGCAGUAGAUACUGUAGAUGGCUUUCUCUUAGUACUCCUUUUUAAAACAAAAAAAAAAUAGGGUGUUUUGGGGAGGCUAACAACAGAAACUGAGCUAUACUGCCUAUCUGAGUUGUGUAUGUACAUAUAUAUUUUUUAUUUUAUGACAACUGAUUAAUGUCAAGUAAAACUACUUCAUGACUUUGUAAGUUAUUUUUUAUGUUCAUUUGGGUUUCACCCAGUAUUGUUUGUAAAUAAGAGAUUUUUUAGCAACUUUUGAGUUUUUUUCCAUUUGUAAUAAAGUAUAUAAUUUUUUUAAUGUUUAUUUCUGAAACAAAAGAAAGGGUUGAUCUUAUUUAAGAAAGCACCAGUAAUCCUUAAUCACUUUCUUUUGAUUAGUAUCAUUUAAAUUUCAAUUCUACACACACUUACCUAGGAGCAAGUCUUAUUAAAUUUAGUGAGGCUUACUGCUGAGUAGACAUACAAAAAAAAAGAUACUUGUAAAUCGGGCAUAUACAGAAUCAACUUUUAGUUGAAUGUUAAAACUCAAGUGAGGAAUGAGAAACUCUUCUUUGAUCUUCACAAACUGUAACAACCAUUUUAAAAGUCUUGUGGCACUCCUGUUAUAAUAAAACUAUUGGUCUUUAGGGUGCCACAAGAUUCCUUGUGUUCUAAAUCCCAGAUGGAUUUUUUCCCCCUAAGGGCAUCAAAUUGAUAUUCCUAGGCUACUAACAAAUGUUGGAUAGAAAAGAUACAAAGACUUACACAUUCAAAGAUUUAUUUUAAGUAAGAGAACUGUCUUCCUCUUAAAGGCAUAAUUUAGGGAGGUUGUAUUACUAGAAAAAAACUGGGGCACCAGAAAUGCUUUGACAAUCUAUUGCAAAUAUCUGCUGGUAGAUUCUAAUCUACUUUUUGCCUACCCCUGCUUUUUAACUGGAAUACAAGAAGACAUCUCAGUGACCCCCUGUGGUAGGAAAAAAGAGCUGCUAUCUAAUCUGACUUUAAACUUGUACAGUUUGCUCCACAAAGAACUAUUGAUACCAUUUUAACGGAAAUGAAAAAAAGUUGGUAAAAUUAUUCUGUAUCUACGUACUUGUAGAAUAAGCUUUUUUAAAAGUAUAACUGGCUAUUUUACAAUUACAUGUUCUUUUCUUAAGGAAAUAUUAAUAGAUAACCUUUGGAAGAAACAACUGUUUUUAAAAGCAGCCUUCAAUUUGUCACCUUUCUGUUUUGUUAUCUCUUUGAUUUUUUUUUAAAAAAUGAUCUCUGUUCAUAAGUAUUUAGGACUAUGCCUGUUGUCCAAUAAAAUCAUUCUAUUAAUCUUCCAACAAA